AAACACAUUUCAUUAUACUUAAUUAAAAUGGCAGCUGCUACAGGUUCGAAGUUUCAAAGAUUCUUGCAGUCCGAAACCGGACCCAAGACCGUCCACUUCUGGGCUCCUGUUAUGAAAUGGUCCUUGGUGAUUGCUGGGGCCAACGACAUGCAAAGACCAGUAGAAAAAUUAUCUGGAACUCAACAAAUUGCUCUUUUUUCUACUGGUGUUAUUUGGACCAGAUGGGCUGGUUUUGUCAUCAAACCAAGAAACCCUCUCUUGGCUUCCGUGAACUUUUUCUUGGGGGGUGUGGCUGGUUAUCAGUUGUACAGAAUUAUUAGUUAUAGAAAUGCUGCAGGUGAUUCUCCUAAAGAAAUUGUUAGUUACAUCUUCAAUGGAGAGCCUACCAAGAGGGAAAUCCCCAGCCCUGAAUUGGCUGCUGCCAAUUGAUGAAUCCGAUAUAUUUUGAUAGUAUUUAACAUAUUCAUAAUUUGUAUGAUAUACACUUUGAUAAUAAAACAUUAGUCUACAAUCAUUUCAUCUGGGUCUUCUGAUGAGCGUGUGACAUUCUGUUCCUCUAUACCAUGUUCAUCUUCUACGUCUGGAGUUCCUUCGGUGUCUAGCGUUCCUUCGGUAUCUAGCGUUUCCUCAAUGCCGGGUGUUCCAAGUUCUUCGGGUUCAGAGUGCC